ACCUUAGCCUUACAUUACAUGUACAGUAUAACAAAUACAUACACACAAAACACGCACAACUUGUAGUUUAAUAUUCCAACCCAAUCACUUGUGAGCUACCUGCACGUUGCCACCUCAACCCCCCCUCCACAUCUCAGCCCACCAAUAUACACUGUUCUAAUACCCUUAUAUAAAUCCCACUAACUCUCUGCUAGAUCAUACAUUCUUGUACUGCCGAUUUGUAUUCUUGUUGAGAAAAGGCAGAGGUGUUUCAGGCAGCACCAUGGCAACUGGACAACUUUUCUCGAAAACUACUCAAGCACUAUUUUACAAUUACAAGCAACUCCCAAUUCAGCGGAUGCUUGACUUUGACUUCCUCUGUGGGAGAGAAACUCCUUCUGUUGCUGGAAUCAUUAAUCCAGGUUCUGAAGGAUUCCAGAAACUAUUUUUCGGUCAAGAAGAAAUUGCCAUUCCAGUUCACUCGACCAUUGAAGCGUCUUGUGCUGCGCAUCCUACAGCUGAUGUUUUCAUUAACUUCGCCUCGUUUAGAAGUGCUGCUGCGUCAUCUAUGGCCGCUCUCAAGCAGCCAACCAUAAGAGUUGUGGCUAUUAUAGCUGAAGGUGUCCCUGAGUCCGACACAAAGCAAUUGAUUGCUUAUGCCAAGGCAAACAAUAAGGUUGUAAUUGGCCCUGCUACUGUUGGAGGUAUUCAAGCUGGAGCCUUUAAGAUAGGUGACACGGCUGGAACAAUUGAUAACAUAAUUCAGUGCAAGUUGUACAGGCCUGGAUCUGUUGGCUUCGUCUCCAAAUCUGGCGGCAUGUCUAAUGAAUUAUACAACACUAUUGCUCGGGUCACUGAUGGAAUCUAUGAAGGUAUUGCAAUUGGAGGAGAUGUGUUUCCUGGGUCGACACUUUCUGAUCAUGUCCUGAGGUUUAACAAUAUCCCUCAGGUCAAAAUGAUGGUUGUUCUUGGAGAACUCGGUGGACGUGAUGAAUAUUCUCUAGUUGAGGCCCUGAAACAAGGGAAAAUCAACAAGCCUGUGGUUGCCUGGGUCAGCGGAACUUGUGCUACGCUUUUCAAGUCAGAAGUGCAAUUUGGUCAUGCGGGGGCUAAGAGUGGUGGUGAGAUGGAGUCUGCACAGGCGAAGAAUCAAGCACUCAGAGAAGCCGGAGCAGUUGUUCCCACUUCUUAUGAAGCACUUGAAGGUGCAAUCAAGGAAACGUUCGAGAAAUUGGUUGAGGCUGGCAAAGUAUCGCCAGUGAAGGAGGUGACACCCCCUCAAAUACCCGAGGAUCUUAACACUGCAAUCAAGAGCGGAAAAGUCCGGGCUCCGACGCAUAUUAUUUCCACAAUCUCUGAUGAUAGGGGUGAAGAGCCAACCUACGCUGGCGUCCCAAUGUCCUCCAUUGUUGAACAGGGAUUAGGUGUGGGUGACGUCAUUUCUUUAUUGUGGUUCAAGCGGAGCCUUCCUCAUUAUUGCACACGUUUCAUUGAGAUUUGCAUCAUGUUGUGUGCUGACCAUGGUCCCUGUGUCUCUGGUGCUCACAACACCAUUGUGACGGCUAGAGCUGGAAAAGACCUUGUUUCCAGUCUUGUUUCAGGUUUAUUGACUAUUGGUCCCCGAUUCGGUGGUGCUAUCGAUGAUGCUGCUCGAUACUUCAAGGAUGCUUAUGACAAGGGUCUUUCACCUUAUGAAUUUGUCGAAAGCAUGAAAAAGAAAGGCAUUCGAGUUCCUGGUAUUGGGCACAGAAUCAAGAGGGGAGACAACAGAGACAAGAGAGUAGAACUACUACAACGGUUCGCACGCUCCAAUUUUCCGUCCGUGAAAUACAUGGAAUACGCUGUUGAAGUCGAGACAUACACGCUCUCAAAAGCGAACAACCUAGUCCUGAACGUCGAUGGUGCCAUCGGUUCCCUAUUCUUGGAUCUUCUUGCAGGCAGUGGCAUGUUCACAAAGCAAGAAAUCGAUGAGAUUAUUGCGAUUGGUUACCUCAAUGGUCUCUUUGUGCUCGCUCGUUCCAUUGGUCUCAUCGGGCAUACGUUCGACCAGAAGAGACUGAAGCAACCUCUCUACCGCCACCCGUGGGAAGAUGUUCUCUAUACCAAGUGAAAUUUUUACACACGGAAACUUGCUAAAAUCCUGCGGUCUCCACGACGCACAAUCCUCAUCAGAGGUUUCCGUUACUGUCUUGUUGUGCCAUUUUCAAGUCUUCUUUUAAGUAAUUCUACUGCUAACUAAAAGAGCAGAUCUGAGUGCUUGUUUUGUAAGUUGUUAACAACAGUCGCCAAGAGUUCUUUUAAGUUGUAGCUUCACCAAGAAAUAACACAUAUAAUCCAUUGUUUCACUUAUUGAAGAAAGCA